CAAAAGCAGCAAACCUGGCACAAAACCUCACACAUUAGCUUCGGUAUCCUAAUUUUUGGGGUUUUAAGAGAAAAAAUAAAUAAAAAAAUCAAAUCGACUUUGAAACUCUGGUGGAAUUACUUGAAAUGACUUGAUUGAGCUAAGAAAGAAGAGGAACUCGUGCUACUGAAACAACUUCUUAAGUCCUGCAGGAGAGUAAGGGAACAAUCUGCUUCCGUCCAUCUUGAGAUGUCUUGCAACAUUUACGAAGACCCGGAUAAGACCAUGAAAGUGAGGUACAGCAAAGAAGUGAGAGGAAAAGGAAGGAAAGUGGAGAAAGAGGAGAAGGAGGAGAAAGUGGUCGACAUCUACGAGAGUGCCGAGACGUUGACCUGCCAUCGAGUUAAUCCCUCCAGGAACGCCCGAGGAGUUCGGACUCAAAAGCGUCCACCAACCAUCCAGAGAAACUGGUACAAGGUUGCUACGGUAACUUUGGGUUUACUCUGCCUCCUGUUGUUGGCGGGGAUAAGUGUGCUACUCACUCUAUUAAUACGUAUGAAACCUAAAGAACAUUCCUCUUGUCCGAACCAGGGACAAGAAAACCAGAACCAGACAGAAUGGCAGGAGCUUCGUGAGUCACAUUUCUACUACGCAUCCACUGAGAAGAAAAACUGGACAGAGAGCAGAAAAGACUGCAAGAGCAGAGGAGGAGAUCUGGCGAUUCUAAAUAACAAAGAGAAACAGGGGAUGAUUGAAAGAAUGAAGAUACAUGGAGAUUCCUGGAUCGGUCUUCAAAGUUCAGACGAAUGGACUGCGAAAUGGAAAUGGGUAGAUGGAACAGAUCUAACAUAUGGUUCCUGGAGGGAAGGAGUAAAUGUCAAAGCGGAGCAAGGGUUGAAAGCAUUUACUGACCAACAGGGACUUUGGAUGCACGACAAAACUGGAUUAAAAUUCUGGAUCUGUGAGAAGAAAAUUGUCCAGCAUCUUGGUGACCUUAAACCUGAAAAGAACAUCAGUAAAACUUAAGCACUAUAUACUAAGUACAUUGUAUUUUCUAGCUUUUCUAAUUAAGGAAAGAUAACCAAAGCAAGAUAAAAACAAACCUGAUGAAGAAUAUAAACCACUUAAAUACAAAUCCCAGGCUGCACUGGAGCAGCUGGCUAAACGCUGCAGGUGAAGCCAUGGAAGCUCAUUUCUCUGCUGCACUGAUGCUGCACACACCAACCCUUUAUAUGUCACUAAAGCAUUGCCACAUGGUGGAAUUUGGAGUCAGAGGCUUUUUAUAAAGUAUUGAGACUGGAGGUAUUUUGUACUGUUCAAAUGUGCAAAGAUUAUUUCAUAUGUGUAUUGACUUCAAAAGCUGUAGGUAAAAGUUUUGUUUCUGGUGCCUUAAUCUGCAUUUUGAAAAGAUGUUAGUUAUUAUUAGUCGUUUUUUUUUUUUAUACACAGAAUACGAGUAUUAUUUUCUGUUUUAUUUAAAUAUUAAUAAUGAAAAAUAAAUAAAUCAGACAAUAUGCUCAAACCAGAAACACUAAUCUUUAUGCUUUUCUUACUCCAAUAACUGCUUUUUAUUUAUACUCAAAUCAUAUUUUGAUGUAAUGCCAAUGGGUUUUUGUCUACCCAACCUAAGCAAUGCAUUUGAAUUUUAGUUGAGUAUUUUUUUAUUUUUUUUAUUUGCUUUGAGCAGCAGUAGUCAGUUGUGCCGUUUCAGAAAGAGCUGCUGCCAUCUUAUCUUAAUCAUGUUUGUUUCUUCCAUGUCGGAAGAAGAUAAAGAUAAAGGCAAAGAUAAGAUAAAGGAAUAAAAAAAAACGUGGUGAUACACUUCAACCUUUUUCAGCCGUCUACUAAUAAAUUGCUGGUGUUCAUGUUAUACUCAAUGUGACUCUAAAUCAAAUCAAUUGAACUUUGAGCAUCUUUAAAUACUGACAGGUCAAGAAAACAAACGGAAAUU